AUGGCAGUGAAGGAAGUUUUUAUCUUUGUUGCCUGCUUUGCUAUGCUGAGUGGAUUUGGUGACUCGGUCGAUAUUCAAUGCAAAUAUGGAACUGAUUCUUGGAUAGCUGUUGGUGAUGUUUAUCAAUGCAGACUCCAAAAUACUCUCAACAUAAAAUCAAGAGAAUCAGCUGUAAUUAAUUCAGUGAAUGGAAGUCAUUCAAGUGGCAAGAGCAAUGCUGAUGUGACUGGUUUUUGGUCAUCGGAUUCCUCUUAUGUCAUCGAAUAUUUCCCGCGUAAUUUGGACAAUAUUUUCAUUAAUCUCAAAAUGAUUGUGAUCGUCUUUGGUCGUCUGAAGGAAAUUCAGCAAAGUGAUUUGAAGCCUUUUACAAAGUUGGUGCUUCUUAGCUUGUAUCAAAAUGACAUUGAAUUUCUUGAGGACGGAUUGUUUGCUUAUAAUCCAGAAUUGGAAUUUGUUAGCUUUCGUUACAAUAAAAUAAUUCACAUUGGCUCACAAGUUUUUGACAAUUUAAAUAAAUUGACUUGGUUGUUGCUUUAUGGAAACACAUGCAUCGACAUGGAUGCUGUCAACAAUCAAAUAGCAGUGAAAGAAGUCAUCAGUCAAGCUAAGUCAAAAUGUUUAAGCUAUUCAGGAAUUGACAAAGAACUCCAAAAGCUAGAAAACUCACUGCUUUAUGUCAAUUCCGAAUCACUUCCAAUUUUUGAUCAAAAUCUCCAAAAACUUCAAAGUCGAUUCCAAAACUCAACAAUCUCACAGUAUUUACCUCUUAAGGAACGAUUCCAGGCAAUUACGAGUUGGAAGUCUAAAACCAUCUGGACAGUUAAGGAUGAAAUGUCAUCAAUCGAAACUGCUCUCGCUAGUUGCAAGUCGGAACUCAACCAAAUAAAGAUCAUCAACACAACAGGAAAGGAAGCAAAUAACACGAAUGACGAGAAGACCUUUACAGGACAAGAUGUCUCCAAAUACAUCAUAAUAGUCAUCAGCUCAAUUUUGGGUCUCUUUAAUAUUGUUCUCAUCAUCUACAAUCAGUUUGCAAUGUGA